GGUCCAGAAGCACUUAAAUGACCUGGUGGGGCGGCUCAGGAAGUUACUGGGCAUGUGGGCUCGCCAGGGGUAUGUGACCAGGUGGGGUGUGGCUCCAUCCCAUCUGAGCCAGCUCAGGGAAUAUCAGAGGCAAUUGCUGGAUAUCAUCAGCCUGGAGACAGUUGUUGGUGCCGCUUCUCAGGAUGACACUGAUGAUAUCCAGCAUGCCCAAAGUCCUGUGUCAUCUUCCCCUGGCAGCCCCUCUGGCCAGCAACAACCCGAAGAGCCGCCCACACAGACUGAACAGGUCUCCCCUGCAACACACCAGCAGGAGGAGGAGGCAGCGGCGCCAAGCACCUUCCCACUGCAGCGAACCCAGGAGGAAGAUCUAGAACCUCAGUUGAUUAUGGCUGCUGCUGGAGUGGGGGAUGAUCCUGAAUCCAAUGUGGGGGCUUUUGAAGAAAAUGCAGCUGCUUCUGCUGAGUUGCCUCCACAGGUGCCCACAUUGGAUGCAGCAGAAUCAGCACCCCUGCCACCUGGGCGAAGGCAGCUUUUCGAACUUGGUGAAAGGUUGGCUGCCCAGGCGGAUAGAUUAUGGGAGCAAGGUAGGCCUUCUACACAAAUUAAUUAUGUAGAAAGGACACUGGAGCUCUUACAGCAAGACUUGAGCCAACAAGCUCAGGACCGCCAGCAAUUGCAAGAACAAUUGCAGCGUAGGGACCAGAAUCAGGCUUCACAACUUCUAAUGUUGACUAUAGCUAUUAACAACCAGACUGUAGUCCUCAGGCAAAGUGGUGAAGAGAUUCGGGGCUUGCGUUUAGCGGUACAGCAACUAAAUGCAACAAUCGCCAGACGCUCUCACAGCAGUGGCAGUGAAGAGCAAGGUGUUGUGUUGCUACAAGAUGAGCCUGUUUCCAGGCCAGGGACUGAAAGCCAGGGGGUGGCUGAUUCUGAAUUACCCCCGAUGGACCCUCCCUCCCAAUUAGAUACUCUCCCCACUUCCUCACAUGCCCCCACAGACCCAAACACUCAAACACACCAUUCUGAUCCUUCACAUCACAUAGCAUCUCCCUGUUCCCAUAGUUCUACCAUACCCCCACCUGACCAGCCUAUAUCAACUCGCAUAGCACCUACCUCCACUCCACUUUUCUCCUUGCCCUCUGCCACACACACCUCCAGACACGCUCAACCUGACCUCUCCCCUUAUUCAACUUUCACUACCCCUCUUCCUGAAAGUCCAAAUCCCCAAAUCCGUUCUCAUUUACCAGCCCAAAAUGUAAUUCCCUCUACUUUACCCCUUUUCAGCCUCCCGAUCAACCUUGCCCCCCAAAGUUACACUCACCUCCCUGGUUUCACCUUUUCCCUCUUGCCACAAUCCACCUCUGGUACCUUCCCCACCCCUCAGGCACAGCCCCUGUCCAGUAACUUACUCCAGCAGAUAGCCAUACAACUACCGCAGCAGCAGAUGGCCAUGCUUCUACAGCAACAUCAGGAGCAGAUGGCCAUGCUCCGGGAACCACGCCAGGAACAUUAAUGAAGCCCCUGCUUUUUUAUAUUGUUUUCCGAUCUAUUUUCUGUUAAAAGUCAUCCUUAA